UACCCGAAGAAGUACUGCGUUGGGACAUAGAAGCAAGAAAAAGGUUCGUCAAAAUUUCCAGUCAAGGCAGUGUGAACAUAUGCCGUGCCAGAGGAAUGAUAGUGGGAUGCACAGGCGCAGGAAAAACGACUCUUCUUAGAAGACUUCAAAGGGAAAACAAAGAAGAAAACAAACAACCAACUGAGACAACCGUCGGUCUUGAUAUUCACGAGGAUUUGUUUGAAAUUAAAGAUGACACAUUAAUAGAUUUUGAUAAAAAUAGAAGCCAAUCAGAGAAGACUUCUAACAGCACAAAUGGCAGACAACUUAUAAGUAUGACGGAUUUCGCUGGACAAGUAGCGUAUUACGCGUGUCACCAGAUUUACCUCUCCAGAAGAGCCUUUUAUCUCGUGGUGGUUGACAUGUCUAAGGGUCUGGAGGAGAAAGCUAUGUCAUACGACACUGAUAGACACAGUCCCAUAGGAUCUUUAUUUCAUAACUGGACAUUAGCAGACUACUUCGUGUUUUGGUUGCAAUCCAUUAAAACUUACUAUGAGGAUGGAAAACCUAAGGAAAGUCGUAGUAAUGAAACCAAGGCCAACCCCGUUAUCUUGAUUGCCUCUCAUCGUGACUGUAUCGAGCUGCAGAAAGAAACAGAGUCCAGCCAAACUUCAUUCUAUGACGCACUAGAGAGAUGCUUGCCUAGUGAACAUACAUUGAAUGAUCAUAUCUCACCUGCACGUUACUACGAGAUUGAAUGUCCUCUUGGAGAAUUGAAUGAACACCAGGAAGAGACAAUAGAACAAGUCAGAAAUUGUAUUGUUCAUACAGCAAAAAGUCUUCCACAUUGGGGUGAAAAAAUUCCCCAAAUAUGGUACAUGUUUGAGCUAUUUGUACAAGAUCACAAAGCAACUAGAAUUAUCAGCAGAUAUAGCCUAAAGAACGAAUUUGAAAUGCUUAAAGAAAAUGAGUUGGAUGAUAUGCUAAGAUACUUUUCAGAGGUGGGUCAGAUUAUCUAUUUCUCAGAGAAGGUACUGAGAAACAACAUAAUAUUAGACGUUGGUUGGUUUGUAGACGCUUUUAAAAAUAUCAUAACUGACCCUACUCACGCACGUUCAGCAUGCAGCAGGGUUAAAGAAUGGGACAUUUUCAUGAAGAAUGGGAUUAUUUCAGAUUCAAUACUGGUCAGGGUAUGGAAGGAAAACGAAAAGGAGUCAUAUGUUCUCGAGAAGAAUAAAAUAAUUCCAUACAUGGAGAAACUUGGAAUUCUUGCAAAAAUGAAAACCGAAGAAGUUGUGGUGAAAGACGCGGAAUUGUUAGAGAAUAGACAGGAAUCCCUGUACUACAUCCCAAGUAUCAAUAAGACUGAUUUCACAACAAAAAGCUUUGACUUAUACAACAAUGGAAAUAAGACCCCGAUUUUGGUCUUUUCUUUCAAAACAUUUAUUCCGCAUUUCUUUUUCUUUAGACUUGUCGCUAUUUGUUUUUCGAAGUGGGAAUUAUUAAGUGAGGAUCUGCUCUGUAAAAACAUUGCCUUUUACAAGGAAAAGGGGGGUGAUAUUAACAUUGCUAUUGCUGUUAAUAAAACAUCCAUUCAAUUGCAAGCGUUUACUCCAGAUGAUAAAAUUUAUCUAACAAGGGUAGAUACCAAGAAUAUCAGAAUUCAAAUUGAACAUUUGCUUCGGGAGAUUACCACAACUCUCCAUCACCAAGUUCUCUAUGAAGUGGGGUAUCCGUGUAAAGAUAUAAAUAUAACUGAAAAAGAUGAGCAUUGCUUUUUAUCAGAAAGAACAGUCGCUGAGCUAAAAACGAAUGAACGAGUUUGCCCGAAUUUUAUAAAGGAGGGUCAUGAAAAGCAUCAAAUUGUUCGUGACGACCUGCUGCAUUACUGGUACACGGGAUUUGAUAGAAGAGCCCAUUCGUCUUGGUGGUUGGACUAAAAAAAGUUGAUUGUAAAACGAAACAGUUUAAAUGUACAAAGCGAGCUCUACUUUCCCUUAUCAUUUCUGUUUCACGCUGGUGGUCUUAAUAAAUACGUAUUGAUAGAAAAAUUGAUAUGUAUUGAAUUAAUUCUGCAUACAUCUGUUGAGGUUGACCAAAAAAAAAAUUAACAGAAUUAGACUCGGCCAUUCAGUGAAUUGAAAAUCUACUGAAAGAUCACAUGUAGUGGAGGACAGAUCUUUAUCAUUUAAGCAUUAAUAUGAUUACUUUAUUUAAUGCGAGUAUUAAUAUUAACCUCGUAUAAAAAAAUAACAUAUAUAUCAAUAUAUUUUUAACAUUAUAUGUACAUGCAUUGUAAUAGAGAUGAUAACCAAUCCCAUAUAUUUUUUUAAAAAAGGU